UAAAAAAAAAAACAAACUUGGAAAUUUAAUUUAAUCCAUUAUUUUAGCAGAUCCAUAUGCAAUUUAUAUAACAAACAAGUGUCUCAAAUCUAAUUUAAUUUGAUUCGACUUAAUUAACUUUGUUGAAAUCUUGCUGCAGCCACGUAAUCGACGUCUAUGGUUAUGUCAACCUCCUGUCGUAUCGGUUGUCAUCUGUCAAAUCCACUUAUGUCAAACCUUCUUUAAACUACUAAAAACCACACGAAAACACAAUGGCAACACAAAAACUGAAAAGCCUCGCCUAUAUUGGCACCUUUGGUAUCAGCGCCUUCAUCACAGGGACCUAUUUCGAGCGAAAAUUCUCCCCCCAACAUAACCUCAAAAACCCCCAAGACUCUCCCAUUUUCAGCACCGUCUUCGCAGCAACCGCUGUUUCGCCCGUGCCUUCAGAAACCAACGUCGGUAGGAUCUCACAAAUCAUGAAAUACGGUUUCCCAGGCCUUGACAAUGUCCGGUCAUUUGAUAAUUUUGUUUUAAGUUAUGAUAAGAGAAACCGGGUGGCCCACUGGGUUUUUGAACAUAUUACACCCGAGUGCUGCAAACCCAACGAUCAAGUGGAUCGAGCGUUAUCAGAAUUUACACCUGACGAAAGUAUUCACCCGUUUUUCAGGUCUUUGAAUAGUGAUUAUUAUAAGUCUGGGUACGACAGGGGGCACUUGGCGGCCGCUGGAAACCACAGGGUGACUCAGAAAAUGGUCAACCAGACUUUUCUCUUGUCAAAUAUGGCGCCGCAGGUUGGAGUUGGAUUUAACAGGGAUUCCUGGAAUAGACUGGAGAGGUACGUGAGGAGGUUGACCAGGACGUUCAAAAAUGUGUAUUGUUGCACAGGACCGUUGUACCUACCCAGGAAAGAAGCAAAUGGUAAAAAUUAUGUAAAGUAUGAAGUCAUUGGGGCCAACCAUGUGGCGGUUCCCACACAUUUUUUUAAAGUAGUGGUAUGUGAAACCAAAGAUGGUCAGUUUGAGAUGGAAUCCUAUGUGAUGCCUAAUCAAGUGAUCAGUGAUGAUACACCCUUGACUAGUUUUAUGGUACCACCCGAAACUAUCGAGAGGGCCGCCGGACUUCUAUUUUUUGAUAAUAUAGCCAGAAGCAAAUUUAGUAAAAUCAACCAUAAGAAAAAUUAAGUUUUAUUUAUUUGUGACCGAAUUUUAAUUUGUUUGUAUUUAUACAAUUAAAAAUGUGAUGUUCUAGUUUUAUGCAAUUAUUUAAAUAAAAGUUAUAGUAAGUA